AUGCUUGAGGCAGGGAAGCGUGUGGACAAGCAGUUUAGGUACGCGGACCGUGUUGGUGCCGACAAGAUAGCAUUCGUAGCACCAAGCGAAUGGGAGGCGGGUAAGGUCCGCAUUAAGGAUCUCCGCACAGGUGACUCGGAGGCACGUGUACAAAUAGAUAUACCGGUAUCUGAUCUUGCCAACGCUAAGUCGUAUUUCGAGAAGCAGGCCGAGUGA